CAUUUCUGUCAUUCAUUAUCAUGUUGCCCAAGGUCAUAGAAGUCGUCACAGUAAAUAUCUAAAAUUUAAUUUUAAAAUGAUUCAAAAUUCUAAGUGAAAUUAGCAUGUCUCUUACAUUAUGUUCUACAUUAUUACAGUAUAUUAAUCCAAACAUCUUUAAAUAUUUUUCUAGCAAAGUAUUAGGUAACCACUAUGAUGUUUUAAAUUUAUCUCGAACAUGUUCAGCAAAAGAAAUAAAGGAAUCAUUUAUUAAAUUGUCGAAAGAGAGUCACCCGGAUGUAAAUAAAAGUAAAGAUGCUCAUAAAAGAUUUUUGGAAAUAAAUAAGGCUUAUGAAGUUUUAAGCAAAACAGAGUCGAGACGACUUUAUGACUUGGGUUUAGGACCACCUGAAGGAGUUUCUUACAGGAAUGAAAUUAGGGUUCCCUACAAAGAACAAUUCGGAUCUGACCCUUGGAAAGAUCCAUCAUUUUACAUCAACAGGAACAAAGCGGAUGAUAAAAAAUAUGAAAAUGAGCCUUACUACUACGGAAUUAAGGGAUUGAAAAGAGUAUCAAAUUUAACAGUGGUUAUUUUUUGUUUAACAGUAACGACAAUUGUAGUGAGUCUUCAGGUCUUGGCAAUAAGGCAUUCAUUAACGUUCAAGAGAGAUGAACUAAUUAAAAGAUCAAAUUCUGCACAAGACUCACUGAAGCAAGUUCGAGAAGCAGCUGCGUUAAAUGGAAAUGAAAAGCAAUUAGAAAUUUUGAAACAGAAAUUUGCAGAUAAUUUAAAAUACAAAGAUAAAACAUAUUUCAGUAUUUCAUUAUAACCCCCUUGCCAAUGU